AUGUAUAAGAUGGAUUACUCCUACCUGAACUCCUAUGACUCCUGCAUGGCGGCCAUGGAAGCGUCGGCCUACGCGGACUUCAGCUCGUGCAGCCAGGCCAGCUCCUUCCAGUACAACCCGAUCCGGAGCGGACCCUUCUCCAACCCGGGCUGCACCCCGCUCAGCACGGCCAGCUGCACCCUGGGAGCCCUGCGAGAGCACCAGCCCACACCUUACUCCUCAGUCCCUUACAAGUUUUUCUCGGACCCCUCCGGCCUGAACGAGAAGAGGAAGCAGCGGCGCAUCAGGACCACCUUCACCAGCUCCCAGCUUAAAGAGCUGGAGCGGGUCUUUGCCGAGACCCACUACCCGGACAUCUACACCCGAGAGGAGCUGGCCCUGAAGAUAGACCUGACCGAGGCCCGGGUACAGGUGUGGUUUCAGAACAGGCGCGCGAAGUUUCGUAAGCAGGAGCGCGCAGCCAACGCCAAAGCCAGCAGCUCCGGUGGCACCUCGGGCAGCACCAGCGGCAGCAGCUCCGGCGGGAAAAAGGGCGGAGAGCCGAGGUCCUCAUCGGACGACGACGAGUCCAAAGAAUCCACCUGCAGCCCCACGCCUGACAGCACGGCCUCCCUGCCAGGCUCGGCCAACGGGAACUUGGGCAGCCCCGCCAGCCUGAGCCCCAGCCCGGUCCCUGCCAACAGCGGCUACGCUAACACCUCCAGCUCUCCGGUUCUCCAGGGGCUGAAGCCGCCCAGCUGGUCCAGCCUGGGGCCGUCCAACCCGGCCGUGGCUCAGCCCGCUGCCCAGACUCAGGAGAUUCUGAAGGCCUGGCAGCCGGCGGACAGUAUGACCGGGCCCUUUGCUGGAGUCCUGUCCUCCUUCCACAGAAAACCCAACCCCACCAUCAAGACGAACCUGUUCUGA